GUUUUAAGAGUGUGGGAUCCACGAACCUGUGCCAAACUCAUGAAACUGAAGGGACACACAGACAACGUCAAAUCUCUGCUGCUCAACAGAGACGGCACACAGUGUCUGUCAGGCAGUUCAGACGGGACGAUCCGGCUCUGGUCUUUGGGUCAGCAGCGGUGCAUCGCCACGUAUCGCGUCCAUGAUGAAGGUGUGUGGGCUCUGCAGGUCAACGAGGCCUUCACACACGUUUACUCCGGCGGACGCGACCGCAAGAUAUACUGCACUGACCUGCGCAAUCCUGACAUACGGGUGCUCAUCUGUGAAGAGAAGGCACCGGUGCUAAAGAUGGAGCUGGACCGGUCAGCAGAUCCACACAACGCCAUCUGGGUUUCCACCACCAAGUCCACAGUGAACAAAUGGUCUCUGAAGGGUAUCCAUAAUUUCCGAGCGUCUGGAGAUUACGAUAAUGACUGCAGUGCUCCGCUCACGCCACUCUGCACACAGCCUGAGCAGGUCAUCAAAGGUGGCGCCAGUAUAAUUCAGUGCCACAUUCUGAAUGACAAGAGACACAUUCUGACCAAAGACACCAAUAAUAAUGUGGCGUACUGGGAUGUGCUGAAGGCCUGUAAAGUUGAAGAUCUGGGCAAGAUGGAGUUUGAUGAGGAGAUCAAGAAGCGCUUCAAGAUGGUUUAUGUGCCCAACUGGUUUUCAGUGGACCUGAAGACUGGGAUGUUGACUAUAACGCUGGACGAGAGCGACUGUUUUGCAGCCUGGGUUUCUGCUAAAGACGCUGGAUUCAGCAGCCCUGACGGAUCCGACCCCAAAUUGAAUCUGGGUGGGCUGCUGCUUCAGGCUCUGCUGGAGUUUUGGCCACGCACACACAUAAACCCAAUGGAUGAGGAGACCGAACUCAACCACAGCAGCGUGAACGGUGAACAUGAGAGUCGAAUACAGAAGGGAAACGGAUAUUUCCAGGUUCCUCCACACACUCCGGUGAUAUUUGGUGAAGCAGGAGGAAGGACAUUAUUCAGAUUGUUGUGUCGAGACUCUGGUGGAGAAACGGAGUCUAUGCUGCUGAAUGAGACGGUGCCGCAGUGGGUCAUCGACAUCACUGUAGACAAAAACAUGCCCAAAUUCAACAAAAUCCCGUUCUACCUCCAGCCACAUUCAUCCUCCGGAGCGAAGACACUGAAGAAGGACCGUCUGUCAGCGAGUGAUAUGCUGCAGGUGAGGAAGGUGAUGGAGCACGUGUAUGAGAAGAUCAUUAAUCUGGACAGCGAGUCUCAAACUGGAGGAUCAGCAGCAGAAAAGCCCAGCAGCGAGCAGAAGGAGGACGAGGAGAUGGCGGUGCAGGCCGAGGAGAAGAUCGAGCUGCUCUGCCAGGAUCAGGUUUUGGACCCAAACAUGGACCUGCGAACAGUGAAGCACUUCAUCUGGAAGAGCGGCGGCGACCUGACGCUUCACUACCGGCAGAAAUCAACGUGAAACUCUCAUGCAAACACACUUCCAUUAAAAAGCACACUCACCUGCACUCGCGCUUCAGUCUGGAGAUGUGAGGAGAAACGCUGGACAAACGCAGAAACACUCUCAGUUUCAGUUUCUCCUUUAUUAUUUUCUCUCAUUUCACAUUCCAGUGAUGUGUUUGUUGCCAAUGACGUCUUCAGAUCUGCGGAACUGCUUUAAAAAAACCAACCGUGAGUCUUGAAGGAGCACUGAAGAACUCCGUUUCCCAUGAUGCAUCUCUCUCACUGACAUGCUGUGGUCAUCAGUGCAUCCAUUCUGUACAUAUACUGUAAUUAUUUUGUAGUCCAGUUGGAGCAUAGGAGGUUUUUAUUUACCUUUUCUGUUUUUAAGAAAACGUACGGUGUCUUUAAAAAGGUGCUUAUUCAUGUCAAAUAUGAGGACAUGUAACUCGUAACGUCACAAAGUAGGAAUAAGUCAUUUAAAGAAAAAAUAAGCAUGGAUGAAAAUAUGAAGGUGAGUUUGAUUUAAAGUAGUGCGGUCAAAUGAUUAAUCACAGUCUAAAUAAAAGGUUUAUUUAUUUACGUUAUAUAUAUAUAUACACACACACACACACACACACACACACACACACACACACACAAAAACACACACACACAUAAAAACACACACAUAAAAACACACACAUAAUUAAAGUAAUAAUUAUUUGCCCUUCUAUGAACAUUUUUAUUCAACAUCAAAUAUUUCUGAAGGGAUGUUUAAUUAGAGCAAGAAAAAUUUUCACAGUAAUUUCUAUAAUAUUUUUUCUUCUGGAAAGUCUUAUUGAUUUUACUUUGGUCGGAAUAAAAGCAGUUUUAAAUUGUCUUUAAA